AUGGCUUCGGUCAACUCACAAUUGUUCAAGAAGGAUGACGAGGACCUCGACCUCAUGCAUGGUGAUUUGAUUGAAGAUGAGGAACAUGAAGAUAUCAGUUUGGAAUUAAACGCCGUUCAACAAGAAUAUCUGGCAUAUCAUCAAAAAUUGGAAGAGUUUUUAUCACCAAUUUCCAUGACCCUGGAUGAGGCUGUGCUGUACAAACUGGCCCGGCGCUUUUCCACCACAUACCGCAACCUUGCCCUGACGUCGGACGAGCAAUUUUUGCCAACACCCGUGACUCGGCUUCCUACUGGGCAAGAAACUGGUCGCUAUCUAGCAAUCGAUGUAGGAGGUAGUAACCUUCGAGUCGCUUUUAUCGAGUUGCUCGGAGAAGCCGUGGAUUCCGAUGUUCGACCGACAGAUGCCACGGAGAGGUCACAGGACACCAUCCGGAAAGCUCAACGCCAGCGGGUGAAGCGCACGCUGGAACGAGCUUGGCCUAUUCAAGACCAUCUAAAUAGGGAUAAGGCUGAGGACCUCUUUUCUUGGAUCGGUGAUUGCAUUGCGGAGGUGAUAGCGGAGAGUCUAUCAUCGGAUGCCACUAAGAAGGAUAUCCCAGCCGAAUUAGAUAUGGGAAUCACAUUCAGCUUCCCCAUCAUGCAAGAAUCAUUGGCAGAAGCCACAUUAAUGCCGACGGGGAAAGGUUUCGCUAUCUCAUCAAAUCUCAAUCUUGGCCAAAUCCUUCUGAAUGGGUAUGAAAAGCACACAAGGCGACCCGAUGAUGAAGACGAACCUUCAACCAAGCGUCGAAAGCUUUUCGCAUUACCAAAACUGAAAAUCCAAGCUAUCACCAACGAUACGGUGGCCACACUAGCUUCCCUUGCAUACAAAGUCAAAUCUCUACCAAACAGCAGAGUCGCUAUGGGCAUCAUUGUGGGCACUGGCUGUAACGCAACCAUCCCAAUGAAGCUCAGUGAACUGAGCGAAUCGAAAGCCAAGACUGUGAACAUAAUGGAACCCAGCGCCGUGGAGACUAUUGUUAACACUGAGUUGACUAUUUCUGGUGCUGCCUUACCACUCAAGGAGCUCAACAUAACCACAAAAUGGGACGUCGAGCUGGACCAGGCCUGUGCACGCCCAGGCUUCCAGCCCUUCGAAUACAUGACUGGAGGCCGCUACAUUGGUGAACUAAUUCGCUUGAUCCUAUUUGACUAUCUCACAACAGUCGCUGAAUUAUCGAAACGCUCCCUACCUGCAAAUCUCAUCCAAGAAUACGCCCUGACAACAAUGUACAUCUCCGACGUUGUCGCCAAAGCCAGAUCUGAUCAUGACCUCGCUAACUCCUUAAACAAAUCCCUCCCUCCACCAGAAAGCAGUGACUGGCGCUGGGAUGCCCUAGCCGCGGGCGCAUUCCGAAAGAUCGCCCACACAGUACAGAGACGAUCAGCUGGGCUGAUCGCUGCUGCGGUGGUCGGGCUUCUAGCCUGUGCUCGCGAGAUCGAGCUGAAGGAAGACAGUAACAGCAGCUCACCGGAGAAUCCUGCUUCACCACAUAGCAAUGGCGACAUCAUCACUGACUUCGUUGGUGCUCCGGCCGCUGCGGCUAUCGCUAUGAGCCACACAGCCCAGGAACAUGUUGUCCCUGUCAUCGAUCCUACGCCAAUAGAUUGGCAGUCCGGUCCUGAAGAGCUCGUAGUGGCUUACACUGGUGGUGUUAUCCAACAUUACCCGCAAUUCAAGGAAAUGUGCCAGCAAUAUAUUGAUCGCCUUAUCAUGCGAACUGGUCCGCAACGAGGUGGGAAAUCGGUCUUCUUACGGGAAGCCUCCGACGGUGGUGUCAUCGGCGCUGGUGUUUUGGCUGGCAUGGUUGUACGGAAAUGA